UAGGGAAUCGUCCGCCUCCCGAGCAGGGCGCCUCGCACAUAGAGACGUACACAAGCCGGGGAAGGAUGGAGGGCGAGCGGGGCGCGUCGCAGUCACCGCGGCCUGUCUCCUCCCCUCCCCCUGGCGGCGAGGCCACGGCAGCCCGAGCCGAGCCGCCAGCGCCCCUCGCGGACUCAGCGCGGCCGCUCCUGCCUCCCUCCUCCCCGGAGCUGCUGGAGUUCGACGACGACGAGGACCUGGAAGUGUUCAGCAAGGAUGCGUCACUCAUGGAGGCAAACUCCUUCAGCCCUUUGAUCCCAACAUCUCCAUCUUCGAUGAUAAAUCAGUACAAAUUUGAGGAUGAACCAGAAGGAAAGGAUCUUUUCAUAACGGUUGAUGAUCCAGAAAGCUAUAUUACUGCCAUUGAGACAUUCAUCACUUACAGAAUUGUCACCAAGACAACUCGUGGUGAAUUUGAUUCCAGUGAGUAUGAAGUUAGAAGACGCUAUCAGGACUUUCUUUGGUUGAAAGGAAGACUUGAAGAAGCGCAUCCAACACUUAUUAUUCCACCGUUGCCUGAAAAAUUCAUAAUGAAAGGAGUUGUGGAACGAUUUAACGAAGAAUUCAUUGAAACAAGAAGGAAAGCUUUGCAUAAGUUUUUAAACCGGAUUGCUGAUCAUCCUACUUUAACUUUUAAUGAGGACUUCAAAAUUUUUCUUACUGCACAAGCAGAGGAACUUUCAUCUCACCGGAAGCAGGGCCCUGGCUUACUUAGCAGAAUGGGACAAACAGUCAAGGCAGUGGCUUCAUCAAUGCGAGGCAGUGCGGUGAAAAACCGCCCGGAAAUAUUUACAGAAAUGAGUGACUAUGUGGACGUGUUUAACCAGAAAAUCAAUCUAUUGAACAAAAUCUCCCACCGAGUUUACAAAGAAAGAAAAGACUAUUUUUAUGAAAUGAAGGAAUUUGGUCCGAUUCACACGCUCUGGUCUACUUCGGAAGAAGAUCUGGAAGAUACCUUAAAAGGAAUGGCUACAGGCAUUGACCAGUGUUGCAAAGCUGGAGACAAAUGGAUGGCAGCUCUGACCGAAAGCUUCUUCCCUGUUAUACAUGAAUAUUUGCUUUACAAUGAAAUAUUGAUGGGUGUUCUGAAAAGAAGGGACCAGAUCCAAACAGAACUGGAUUCCAAAACUGAUGCUAUGUAUAAUAAAAAAGCUGAAAAUGGCCCGUUGCCUGAAGAGAUUGGAAAACUUGAAGAUAAAUUAGAAUGUGCCAAUAAUGCUCUGCAAGCGGAUUGGGAUAGGUGGAAGCACAGCCUGCGUCUUGAUAUGAAAUCAGCAUUUGGCAACAUGGCAGAAAAUAAUCUCCGCUAUUAUGAAGAGUGCCUUGCCACCUGGGAGUCCUUCUUGACCUCUCAGACUGAAGCAGACAUUACCUUGGAAGAAGAAUCUGAAGAUCAGUCUUGAUCGAGGCAUUCUCCUCUGGAAUUGUUCUUCACCAAAGAAUUACUUUAUAUUUGAGAUGAAAUUCAUUUAUUGUGUAGAGAUAUUAAGAUUCGGGAAGGGGGAGAGAAAUCUUACUGAAAUGUCAGGUAUUCUAUUAUCCUGGACUUUAUUUGAAUCAUGGUUUGUGUAUGUGUUUUUGGUAUUGGGGGGAAGAAAGAGAGAGGCCCAGUUCAGAUGUAACAAUAACCUCAAUUAAUACUGUGGGGACAAGUUUAGAACUUCAAUUCAUGCACCCCAGCCUCCUCUCCUUUUGAUGGAAAUACAGUUAUAUUAGAAUUUUUCCCUUCAGUUCCACAUUAACUAUAGCUUAAUAUUAAAUCCAAACCAACAACUGAGAAACAAGUCCAUUUCUGAGACAGUUUCAGUGAAUUUAGUUUUGCUUAGGUCUACUCAAAAUAAACUCAGAGAAAGCAAUGAGAGAGAGACAUUAUAUUCAUUCUUGUAACAUUAAACUGUGAUAGUAAUACCUUACAACUAUGAUUUAGCACUAAACUGUGGGUUGUAAUACUUUCUUAUAAUAUUUAACAAUGGUUACAUACAAAUUGGGCCACUGAGGUGAGAAUAUAUGAUUGCCAGCAUUUUUCUGGAGAUACUUUGUUUUUGUUUUUUUAAAAUACUGUGCAAUUUGAAUAUAAAAUAUUUUAAAUAUGCAUUUUAAUAAUAAAAUGUUGAAUAGGAA